AUGAACCUGGUUCAGUUUCUGACCUUCCUCUUCGCCCUGGGACUGUCAGGGACAGGAGCCACAGGGACCCUGAGGACCUCCCUACACCCCAGCCUGGAGAUCUACAAGAAGAUGUUUGAGGUGAAACGCAGGGAGCAGCUGCUGGCGCUGAAGAACCUGGCACAGCUCGAUGACAUCCACCAGCAGUACAAGAUCCUCGACGUCAUGCUCAAGGGGCUCUUCAAGGUGCUGGAGGACUCCCGGACCGUGCUCAUCGCUGCUGACGUGCUCCCAGAUGGGCCCUUCCCCCAGGACGAGAAGCUGAAGGAUGCCUUCUCGCACGUGGUGGAGAACACAGCUUUCUUCGGUGACGUGGUGCUGCGCUUCCCCAGGAUCGUGCACCAUUACUUUGACCACAACUCCAACUGGAAUCUGCUCAUCCGCUGGGGCAUCAGCUUCUGCAACCAGACAGGUGUCUUCGACCAGGGGCCUCACUCUCCUAUCCUCAGCCUGAUGGCGCAGGAACUGGGCAUCAGUGAGAAAGACUCAGACUUCCAGAACCCAUUUAAAGUGGACCACACAGAGUUCAUUCCCAGCAAUGACCCCUUCCAGAAGGCUCUGAGGGAAGAGGAAAAGCGCCGAAAGAAGGAGGAGAAGCGAAAAGAGAUCCGGAAAGGUCCUCGGAUCUCUCGAUCGCAGUCGGAGUUGUAG